AUCAGAGAAGAAAUGAAAGGGUGGCUGAGGAACAGAGAGAGGGAAGAGACUGAGAGGCAGGGUGGAGGGAGACCAAGGAGGAAGGAGAGGGGGAGCGAUUGGGACAAAUGGGAAAGAGUAGGGAGACUGGUGGACGUAGACAGGGGAAACUGAGGGACAGAGAGUUGGAGAGGAGGGGGAUUGAGGAUUGGAGGAAAAGGGAAGGGAGGAGAGAGAGAGGGAAGACUGCUAAAGGGGGGGCAUUGAAGGGAUGAUAAAAAGCAGACUAAAAGAUAGAGAAAGGGGCACUGAAGAGCAGAAGUGGGAUUCUCCAGGGGGAAAGAUCCCGAGGAACCAAAAAUGGGAGAGAUUCAGAGAGGGGACAUGUGGAAAGGAAAGGAUGGAAAGGACUGAGGCGCAGAGCCACGUCAAAGAAUACACAGAGGGAGGAGACGCUGAAGGUCAAGGCUGGGAGAAACUGAGGGACUGAGGGGAAAUAGGGAUAGAAAGAGGGAGUUGGGGGAAAGACAGACCCCGAAGAACAGGAGGGAGAGGAAAGCGGAGGGACAGGGAGGGGGUGAAAAUAAGGGAUAGAAAGGCAGGCUGAGGACAGAGAAGGAAGACAGAUGGGAAGAAAAGGGAUAUUGAGGGAGAGUGUGGAAAGCAGAGAGCCAGACUGAAGAACAUAGAGAGAGAAAUGGAUGGAUGCAGAAAGAAGGGACACAGAGAAGUGGGUGGGAAAGACUAAGGGCCUGAAAGGAGGAAAUUCAAGGAAGAGGAGUGGGGGAUAUUUUAAAUAUCAAAAGGGCAAACUGAGGGGCUGAAAGACUAAAGCCAAGGGGAGGAGGGAGGAGGCGCCUGGGUAGAGUCAUGUUCUUGGCUCCCAGUGGCAAAGAGAGGAUGAAUGUUAGGGCCUGGGAAUUAUCCGGGGCCUGACAGGGGGCCAGGGUUGCCGAGCGGACUUGACCUUUCUCUCGGUGGAUCAAGAGCCCGUUCUGGAGCUUUGAUGCCAGGGGAAUAUAAGCGAGCCAGAAGGGCAGGCUGAGUCCCCAGGAGCACACACGCAAGACGCCCUCCAUACAUAAGCACGUGUGCCUUACACAUGUGCACACUCAUGGAGCUGAAGUCCCACUAAUUUCAGGUGGAGGGAGCUACUUCUCCUUGGUGACUCCAGACGGACAGCUCCAUCCUUUUCCAGAAUCUGAUGAUGAGUUAGGAGGAAUUUCAGACUCUCAAGCCAGCUUGUUGGGGGGCAUAAUUCAGCCAAAUCUCCAACCAGAACCGCCCCAGAAGCUCUCCGAGGCACCUGACUCCCUAAGCUGAAACUGCCCCUCUCAGCUCCUUGUCUUGCUACCGCACUGGCUCCCACUUCUCAAUUUCACAUUUUCUGUAUCUCUCUCCCUACCUUUGCAACUUGCCUGAUCUUCAGAGAGGAAGGCUAAAGGACUUAGUGCUCCCCACCCCCUCCCUACAGUCUACCCCGCUGAGGGACUCAGUGCUCCCCAACUCCCUCCCUAUAGUCCAUCCCGCUGAGGGACACAGUGCUCCCCACCCCCUCCCUACAGUCUACCCCGCUGAGGGACUCAGUGCUCCCCAUCUCCCUCCCUACAGCCCAUUUCACUGAGGGACACAGUGCUCCCCACCCCCUCCCUAUAGCCCACCCCACUGAGGGACACAGUGCUCCCCACUCUCUCCCUAUAGCCCACCCCACUGAGGGAAACAGUGCUCCCCAUCUCCCUCCCUACAGCCCACCCCGCUGAGGGACUCAGUGCUCCUCACCCCCUCCCUACAGCCCAUCCCACUGAGGGACACAGUGCUCCCCAUCUUCCUCCCUACAGCCCACCCCGCUGAGGGACUCAGUGCUCCUCACCCCCUCCCUACAGCCCAUCCCACUGAGGGACACAGUGCUCCCCAUCUUCCUCCCUACAGCCCACCCCGCUGAGGGACUCAGUGCUCCUCACCCCCUCCCUACAGCCUCCCCACCUGUCCCUCCCUCCCUCCCUCCCUGCCCUGUGCACUGGAUUUCUUGUUUCCUCCUAUUUUCUCUCGGAUUUUCUAGGCCUCUCCCAAGCGGCCCCUGGCUUUCGGAGAGAAGGGAGGAGGUGGAAGGGGCCGGCGGAGGGACCCACCCUCCCCGCUCUCCCCGGACUUAUUUCUCUCUGCCGCCUCUGAGUUUCUUUUCCGCGGGGCCCCGCCCUCGCCCCCUCCUUUCCCCAGCUUCUCCGGGGCUCCCCGCUGUGCCCCGCAUCAUGCGUCCCUGAGUCCCCCGCGGCGGAUAGGGGGGCCCCAUGGCCUCCCGCCCUCCAGCCCCUGGAGGCCCUACCGCCCGCCCGGGGCCCUCGGUCGCCCCCGCCGGCCGCGAUGGGCAACGCCACGCUGGAGGGCUGCCACGUGGACUCGAGGGUGGACCACCUGUUCCCGCCCUCCCUGUACAUCAUCGUCAUGGGCAUCGGGCUGCCCACCAACUGCCUGGCGCUGUGGGCCGCCUACCGCCAGGUGCGCCAGCACAACGAGCUGGGCGUGUACCUGAUGAACCUGAGCAUCGCUGACCUGCUGUACAUCGCCACGCUGCCGCUGUGGGUGGACUACUUCCUGCACCACGACAACUGGAUCCACGGGCGCGGCUCGUGCAAGCUCUUCGGCUUCGUGUUCUACACCAACAUCUACAUCAGCAUCGCCUUCCUGUGCUGCAUCUCGGUGGACCGCUACCUGGCCGUGGCGCACCCGCUGCGCUUCGCGCGCCUGCGCCGCGUCAAGACGGCCGUGGCCGUGAGCUCGGUGGUGUGGGCCACGGAGCUGGGCGCCAACUCGGCGCCGCUCUUCCACGACGAGCUCUUCCGCGACCGCUACAACCACACGUUCUGCUUCGAGAAGUUCCCCAUGGAGGGCUGGGUGGCCUGGAUGAACCUCUACCGCAUCUUCAUCGGCUUCCUGUGCCCCUGGUCGCUCAUGCUCUUCUCCUACUGGGGCAUCGUGCGCGCCGUGCGCGGCAGCGUGUCCACCGAGCGCCAGGAGAAGGCCAAGAUCAAGCGGCUGGCGCUCAGCCUGCUGGCCAUCGCCCUGGUCUGCUUCGCGCCCUACCACGUGCUGCUGCUCUCGCGCAGCGCCGUCUACCUGGGCCGCCCGUGGGACUGCGGCUUCGAGGAGCGGGUCUUCGCCGCCUACCACAGCUCGCUGGCCUUCACCAGCCUCAACUGCGUGGCCGACCCCAUCCUCUACUGCUUCGUCAACGAGGGCGCGCGCGGCGACGUGGCCAAGGCGCUGCACAGCCUGCUGCGCUUCCUGGCCAGCGACAAGCCCCAGGAGAUGGCCAACGCCUCCCUGACCCUGGACACCCCGCUGGCCGCCAAGAGGCACGCCGUGGGCCGCUGCGGCUGGGGAGGGGCCCUGGUCUCCCACUCGCAGCCGCCGGGGGACGACGUGCAGCUCAAGAUGCUGCCCCCCUCCCAGUGACCACCCCCCGCCGGCCGGCCCCCAACCUCCCCCCCCCCCCCCCCCCCGGUCUCUUUGGCGCAGAUGAGAUGCAAAUGAAUCUUGUGUGAUAUCCA